AAAGGAUGCUGAAGAUGUGACGCGAGCUUUUCUUCAUGAAGUGUUUGAAAUCUUGAUGGACUUUGUAACCAAGUCUAAUGACAGGUCAGCUAAGAUCUUGGAUUUCCAUCAACCUCAGAAGCUGAAGGAGAUAUUCGACCUGAAAAUCAAUGAUGAUUCCGUUAAUCUUGAUCAACUUCUUGUCGAUUGCAAGGAAACUCUCAAGUAUCAAGUUAAGACAGGUCAUCCGCACUUCUUCAACCAACUUUCGAGUGGAUUAGAUAUUGUAUCCAUGGCUGGAGAAUGGCUGACUGCAACUGCAAAUACCAACAUGUUCACGUAUGAAAUAGCUCCUGUGUUCAUUCUAAUGGAACAAGUGACGCUCAAGAAGAUGAGAGAUAUCAUCGGAUUUCAUAACGGCGAUAGCAUCCUUGGACCAGGGGAAUCCAUCUCGAAUUUGUACGCUGCUUUGUGUGCUCGACAUAGUAUGUUUCCAUCUUAGAAGCAAAAGGGACUGAUGGGCUUAGGACAACUUGUCAUCUACACCUCAGAACACAGCCAUUACUCAAUGAAAGGCGCUGGUAUGGUGAUGGGGCUGGAUACUGACAAUGUCAUCGAGGUUCGCUGCGAUUACAGGGGGCGCAUGAUUCCAGAAGAGUUGGAAAAAUGCAUCCUUGCUGAUAAAGCCAAAGGUAACAAACCAUUUUUCGUAUGUUGUACCGCUGGGACGACAGUUCUUGGAGCUUUCGAUCCUAUAGAGCCUUGUGCUGAUAUUUGUGAUAAAUAUGGCCUCUGGCUUCACGUUGAUAAUACUCUCAGGCAAUUCUGCAAGAGAUGAAAUUUCUUUUCUUCGACUGGAUCUUAUGCGUAUUUCUGACCAUCACUGUUUCUAGCCCUCAGCGUGGUACUGAUCCAUCAGCAGGUAGACUUCAAGGGCAACUUUGUAGCACAGCUACAGUGAAAGCUGGUAUCUGUGUUCCUUUCCAACGUUGCCGUAAUCUAAGAGGUCACAGAAGACUAUACAGGAGUAGUACCUGCAAUCUUGGGGGGAAAACGCCAAGAAUUUGUUGCCCUCUUUCUGC